CCCGCGCGCGCGCUUCUCUCCUGGCGCAGACACCCGCACAAACCAUGGGUGUUCCUUCGGUAGUGUCCACGUUGGCCGCCCGGCUGCUUCGGCCCGCACAGAACUGCCGCCUCCACCAUUGCCCCUUACACCUCUCGGCAGUCAGAAAUGAAGCUGUUGUCAUUUCUGGAAGGAAACUUGCCCAGCAGAUCAAGCAGGAAGUGCAUCAAGAGGUGGAAGAGUGGGUGGCAUCGGGCAACAAACGGCCCUACUUGAGUGUGGUUCUGGUUGGCGAGAAUCCAGCGAGUCACUCCUAUGUCCUCAACAAAACCAGGGCAGCUGCAGAUGUGGGAAUCAACAGUGAGACGAUUGUGAAACCAGCUUCAAUUUCAGAGGAAGAACUGUUGAAUUUAAUCAGUAAACUAAAUAAUGAUGAUAAUGUAGACGGCCUCCUUGUUCAGCUACCUCUCCCAGACCACAUUGAUGAGAGAAAGAUCUGCAAUGCUGUUUCUCCAGACAAGGACGUUGAUGGCUUUCAUGUAAUUAAUGUCGGGCGAAUGUGUUUGGACCAGUAUUCCAUGUUACCAGCUACCCCAUGGGGCGUGUGGGAAAUAAUUAAGCGAACUGGUAUCCCAACCCUAGGGAAGAAUGUGGUUGUGGCUGGAAGGUCAAAAAAUGUUGGAAUGCCCAUCGCAAUGUUACUGCACACAGAUGGGGCGCAUGAGCGCCCUGGAGGUGAUGCCACUGUUACAAUAUCACAUCGCUACACUCCCAAAGAGCAGCUGAAGAAGCACACGAUUCUUGCAGAUAUUGUGGUCUCGGCUGCAGGCAUUCCAAACUUGAUCACAGCAGAUAUGAUCAAGGAAGGAGCAACCGUCAUUGAUGUGGGAAUAAAUAGAAUUCAGGAUCCCAUAACUGCCAAACCCAAAUUGGUUGGAGAUGUGGAUUUUGAAGGAGUCAGGAAGAAAGCUGGUUACAUCACUCCAGUCCCUGGGGGUGUUGGUCCCAUGACAGUGGCAAUGCUAAUGAAGAAUACCAUUAUUGCUGCCAAAAAGGUGCUGAGGCCUGAAGAGCGGGAAGUACUGAAGCCUAAGGAACUUGGAGUAGCAACUAAUUAACUGUUACAUCUGUUGUGUCAUGAACAGCACUCCAAGCCAGUUCAAGAGGCAACACAGGCCAAACGAAAUGCAAUAUUUUUUAAUUUAUUCUACUGAAAUGAUUUAAAAUGAUGCUUUGUAUUUAUUGAAAGUGUAAAUGGGUGGGUGUUUGUGCACACAGCCCUGCAGUACCUCACCAGAGAGCAUGCCAGGAUCCUGCUGGGUCAUGCGAUCUAACCAAGAGACGCCAUUAACCUAGUGAUUGACAUGGGGAACAUGGUCACAUUGAGAAUGGAUGCUGAGCUUUGUCAAGCCACUUUAGGUUACAUUUGCCUUUCUAGGAUUGCAUUUCCCAAGUGCUAUUCCAGUAAGAGUUGGUACUCACUUUGGGUUCCAAACCUUUUGAGUUCAGCUGAUCAAACCAAAGGAACAAUGUUGUUAGAGAAAAAUAGGGAAAAGGUAAAAAGUAAGAAAUGGUGACUGAACAGAAAAAAGGUACUCUAAUUUAUGUAUGUACUGUUUGCUAACUAGAAGAAAAUCUACAUGUUAGUAUCCUAAGCUGUCAUUUGGUGGUUUAGUCAUGGGAAAGUGUUUAAGAUUGUUUCAUGUGCUAUUAGUCCUCAUUUUAUGUGUGCUACCAUUCACGAGGUCUCCCCAUUUUAGUUUUCUAGGAUUGGAAGGCUUAAUUUAUAGAUGAUUUGUAUGUAUUAUCAUAUUGGCUUUUCCUAUAUCCUUUAAACUUCACUGUUAAUUUUUUGUACUGUUGAGGGUGUCUGUAUGGUCUUUUUGAUAUAUCUGGAAACCUAUUUUUGAAAUACAAAACUUGGACUUGAUAAUAUUAGGGCAGCUUAUGUAAGUAUGCACCUUGCUUUUCCACCAAAGAAUUGUCAGCAGCUGCCUGCUUUUCACUGAUGCACCUGUUGGCUUUCCCAGUGGGUUUUUGAGAGCUUGAGUUAAUACUGAAUUUAAUCAGACUUGCUGAUUAAAGGUUUUUGUUUUGUUUUUUUUAAAUAAAGCACUUCUGACUGGUG